AUGGGGAUACAGAUCGAGACCGAGGAAGAAGACAUCUUACAAGAGGACUACGAUCUAUACAGAACAGUCCUAGGGAAAGCGAAAGAUCUCAGAGAUUUUACGCAAACUCAAAUCAGCAACUGGGUGUCAAACCACUGGACUUCCCAUGAUGAAAUACAGGUUAGAAAAGUAGGUAAACUUUUCUACUUCAUUUGUCUUGAUAAUAGAGAUAGAGCAAACCUCAUCUGCCUAGGCUCAGCAAAUUUUCAAGGAGCCCUUAUCUUGUUCACAAAAUGUUCUCCCCACAUCUCUCUUAGAGCUCAUAACUUCUCUAGAGUCCCUCUCUGGAUUAAAGUUGAAGGUCUCCCCUUACUUUAUAACAAAACAAACAUUGCUAGAAGGGCUUUAAAUAGAAUAGGAGACGUUCUCCACUUUGAUAAUGCUUCCUCUAGUACUGGCUUCAAAGACAUAAUUAGGGCUAAGGUCCUUAUCCCUAUUAACAAUCCACUAGUACCAGGGUUCUACCUUAACAGACAAGAAGGUCCAAGAGAAUGGGUCGAUUUCCGUUAUGAAGGGGUAUUUGUCUUUUGUUCCAAAUGUGGUAGAAUAGGUCACAGGCGCCCUAGGUGUCGUCUCCAAUGGCCAUUGCCCAGAGGCACUUCGAAAUGGUAA